AUGGUCAGAAGAGAUGUAAUGAAUGAAAGAGACGCCAAAAUGGCCAGAAGAGAUGUAAUGAAUGGAAGAGACGCCACAAUGGUCAGGGCAGAUGAAAUGAAUGAAAGAUACACCACAAUGGUCAGGACAGAUGAAAUGAAUGAAAGAGAAGCUACAAUUGUCAGGACAGAUGAAAUGAAUGAAAGAGACGCCACAUUGGUCAGAAGAGAUGUUAUGAAUGAAAGAGACGCCAAAAUUGUCAGAAGAGAUGUAAUGGAUGAAAGAGACGCCACAUUGGUCAGAAGAGAUGUAAUGGAUGAAAGAGACGCCACAAUGGUCAGAAGAGAUGUAAUGAAUGAAAGAGACGCCACAUUGGUCAGAAGAGAUGUAAUGGAUGAAAGAGACGCCACAUUGGUCAGAAGAGAUGUAAUGGAUGAAAGAGACGCCACAAUGGUCAGAAAAGAUGUAAUGCAUGAAAGAGACGCCACAAUGGUCAGGGCAGAUGAAAUGAAUGAAAGAUACACCACAAUGGUCAGGACAGAUGAAAUGAAUGAAAGAGAAGCUACAAUUGUCAGGACAGAUGAAAUGAAUGAAAGAUACACCACAAUGGCCAGAACAGAUGAAAUGAUUGAAAGAUACACCACAAUGGUCAGGACAGAUGAAAUGAAUGAAAGAGACACCACAAUGGUCAGGACAGAUGAAAUGAAUGAAAGAGAAGCUACAAUUGUCAGGACAGAUGAAAUGAAUGAAAGAGACACCACAAUGGUCAGGACAGAUGUAAUGAAUAAAAGAGACGCCACAAUGGGCAGAAGAGAUGUAAUGAAUGAAAGAGACGCCACAAUGGUCAGAAGAGACGUAAUGAAUGAAAGAGACGCUACAAUGGGCAGAAGAGACGUAAUGAAUGGAAGAGACGCCACAUUGGUCAGGGAAGAUGCGAUGAAUGAAAGAGACCCCACAAUGGGCAGAAGAGAUGUAAUGAAUGAAAAAGACGCCACAGUGGUCAGGACAGAUGUAAUGAAUGAAAGAGACGCCACAAUGGUCAGCGAAGAUGCAAUGAAUGAAAGAGACGCCACAAUGGUCAGCGAAGAUGCAAUGAGUGAAAGAGACCCCACAAUGGGCAGAAGAGAUGUAAUGAAUGAAAGAUACACCACAAUGGUCAGGACAGAUGUAAUGAAUGAAAGAUACACCACAAUGGUCAGGACAGAUGUAAUGAAUAAAAGAGACGCCACAAUGGUCAGAAGAGAUGUAAUGAAUGAAAAAGACGCCACAAUGGUCAGAAGAAACGUAAUGAAUGUAAAAGACGCCACAAUUGCCAGGACAGAUGUAAUGAAUGAAAGAGACGCCACAAAGGCCAGGAGAGAUGUAAUGAAUGAAAGAGACGCCACAAAGGCCAGGAGAGAUGUAAUGAAUGAAAGAGACGCCACAAAGGCCAGGAGAGAUGUAAUGAACCAAAGAGACGACACAAUGGUUCGGACAGAGGUAAUCAUUGUUUAUAAGGACUACGCACACACCAUCUCUACGUUUCCCAGAAUUAAGAUAUGA